AUGGCGUCCAAUGACACUUGGGCCGAGGUACGCAAUUGUCUCAAUCAAAGCCCAGCCAGAAGGCCGCGUGCAUGCGUCCAUUGCCAUAUCCGCAAGGUGCGGUGCAAUGCCUGGCAAGUAGGCAUCCCUUGUACGAGAUGCAAGCGACGCAAUCAAGCAGAUACCUGUCUGCUCGCUCUUUCCUCGCACGGCGGCGUGCCGAGAGGCCCGAUACUAAGACCACGGGAGACACAAACUCUAGGCCAAUCGCCGUCUUCGCGAGGUAGGAACCAUGGUAUUGAUGGCAUGUCGGUGCGUUCGACUUCUUCUCCCCAGCCAGCGGAUAAUGCGCAAGAAGACAGCGUUGCGGCCUCGAUGGCACCUCUCUCGCGAUUGGCCUCAGACGUUGAAGGCGCACGUCGGAUUACCCAAGGAAGGACCGUGAUCCCCGGGUCAAUGACCGAUGGCGAAGCGAUUGAAGAUGCCACGAGCAUUAGAAGCAUGGUAAAGCAGACAACGAGAGAGGAGGACGUCCAGUCCCGUAUUUGUGAGGAGAUGUCCCGCUGCAGGCAGAAUGCCAUGUCGCCUUUGCUUCAACCUCAGGACACGGACCGGCGGGAGGUAAUCGAGUUGCACGAAGGAGUGAACCCUAUGACCAUCCUCGGUGGCGCACUUGCUCAACACCCCCCCAAUCGUUUCGUUCGAUUCGUUGUUGAAGAAGACGGAUCCCAGCUCGAUCUGUCGCAUUCAAUUUCGGGACUUGACUCGGCGGACAUGGCGUAUCUCGAGGCGAAGGGUGCUCUUCUCUGUCCGCCUCGCCCAGUCUGUGAUGAACUCCUCCGUCUAUAUUUUGCCUACAUUUACCCUUACGCACCCAUUCUCGAUCGGGCGAAGUUUGUCCGGGACUACCACGCCCACCGCCACUCAGUGUUUGUCUUGCAAUCGAUCCUCGCAAAUGUAGUGCCGUACACUCCCAUGGAUCUUCUCCGACGAGCAGGAUACGAUAAUCGUAUCAGUGCACAAAAGUCCUUUUACACUAAGGCCACACUUCUCUACGACAUGGGGUGUGAAAAGCAGCAGCUAUACAUGCUUCAGGGUUCCAUUAUGCUUAGCUCAUUGUCCUUCUCAUAUCCAAUGGACAAGGACUACCGGUACUGGUUGAGUAAUGCUGGACGAAUAGCUACACAGAUGGGUCUUCACCGAAACUAUGUGUGUGAAAACCUAGGGGCGCGCUCGCAACGGCUAUUUCGUCGCAUCUGGUGGGUUUUGUACAACCGUGACACCUUACUGGCCAUCUCCGGUAUCGAUAACUUGAGACGAUUCAAUGAGAGAUAUUGUGACACUGCACCUCUGAGAGAGUCCGACUGGGAAGACGAUGACGAGAUCCCGGCCGAUCUUCAAGACAUACUUGAACUCGUGUCACCACUCCAGAAGCUUUUCAUGGUCGAAUAUAGCAAGGUGUCAAUCAUAAGUGGCCUGUUCAUCAGAGAAUUCAAGGCCCCCAACACAACGUUCAGCCAAGACGAGAUCGAUCGGAUGAACAACCAAAUUAUUAGUUGGCGAAAACAAUUACCUGUCGAAAUAACACACGCUCUCCAAGACGAGUGGAGCUCGGACAAAGUCUUGGUCCUGGUUCUCCUCGCGAUGGGAUAUCGACUGGAGGCGGUAUUCUGCCGUGCGGUUAAGGACCAUUAUCGGACCACAGGCGAUUUGACCUCGAUGCAUAGGAUGGGACAACGACAGGAAACUAGCAUGUUCGAGCUCUCGAGCAUGAUCCAACGGGCAUCCUUGCACGAGGUGCUUCAUCUAUGCCCUCUAUCCUUUAUGACUUGCGCUUCGACUAUUCUAGCCAUGCGUAUUGAGAUAGUCCUAGACCCUGCAACCAAUCCGCGCAAGCUGGCCGUGAUGAAGGCCCAAAUUUUCUCCGAACUCGAAUACGUACGCGAAAGCUGCGAGUCCUGGAACAGCCUCAUCUGGACCGUCCGCAUGUUCGAGGCCGUCAUUGCUAGGACCCGCUUGUGUCUGAAUGGUGCGUCUCCCAGUGCAAUGGAAGGGACCGACGAUAGAACAACGUCGUCAGAUGCCGUAGCACAAGGCACCAAUACUGCCGGACCAACUAGGCAAAUGGCGUACUCCAGUAAUGAGGUGUUCAAAAAUGGUGAAGAGGUGGAUUUCGGCUUGCCCAUGCCUUCCGACGACGUCUUUGGUAUGUUGCCUGUGACGGAUAAUUAUGACUGGUUGGACAGCCUUUUCGAUGUAAACGCUAACGACGACAUCGGCCAUCUGGCGUCCACGAAUAUCUAA